AGAUUUUGUUGUUGUUGUGAUAAAUAUUUAACCUAGCUGGAAUUUUUUUCUGCAUUGGCUCUAUUCAUCUUCCGUGGGUGGUGAAUGCGCGUGUCUGGGCAGACAAAGAAGUGUACGGGACCUGAGUGAUCGCCAUCCUUAUAAAGGCAUUGGGAACAGGAAGGAUGCAAAGUCAUCUGAAGAGCGAAGGAGUUAGAGAAUUUCUUUGUCCAUUCUUAGCUCCUUCCCAAAUCAAAGGCGCAAGGCAAGGGAGAGAGGGUUGGAGCCGGUUCGGUGUUGAAUGGCUGCUUAUCGCGGCUUGUCUGUUCUCCUCCUCCUCGAGGAGUCCCGCAGCCAGUUCUGCAAACGUGGAGUGCAUGUGGGGAUGUUAGAAAACCUGAUUUUUGCCUGCGUGCGUACACCAGAAUGGUUCGCGAGUAAAUUUCGAGUAUUUGUCUGGCCCGGCCUGCUUUGCACUGAGCGGAGGUCAGUGUCUGGUGGUUCGGAGUUCUUGGAGUCUUUUAUGUGCUUGGUCCUUUGGCAGGAGAAAUGAAAUGCUUUCCAUAGUGACAAUUUUUUCAUGCCAGCCGCCGAGAGGGGAGGAUUACAUAGAAUUAGCUCAAAAUCCUGCUAGAUUUACCUGCUUAUUUUUGGACGUUGAUGUACAAUUAGUGUACUUUACUGCCUUUUAAAAGAGGCCAUAAAUUACGGAACUACAAGGGCUCUUUGUGUUGGCUUAAUGGGCUGCUUAAAUCUUAACUACAAAAAGGCACUGCAAAUGUCCAUUCACGCUUGUGUUCGGAAAUUGAAAGCGAAAAUACGGUACGAAGGAACCUUCCUCCAGUGGCAUGUACCCACAGCAUUGCGUGCAGAGAUAUUUGGGAUUCCUCGACGAAUCCAACACUGGCAGACUCUGACUCUGCUGACUCUGAGCAGAACUUCUCACACAAGGGCACAGUCGAUAGCUCUACUCUUUUUAUCUACUUGGAAAUGAUCAAAGACCAAGUUUAUCUCUAUCAGACUCACGGAUGUAGGUAAACAGCUCUACAUCCCAGCAGAUUUCAAAUCUUUCGAGGGAGCGAGGAAAUAAGCACUUGUAUCAUACGGUGAUUCCCAUUUCAUCUCCACAUGGGAGUGAUAGGCACACCUCUUAACAACUAUCAUAAGAGUAAACUUGAAACACAGUAAAAAUCCUAAAUCUAAUUAUAUCGAAGACAACUUUAAAUAGCAUUAAUGCCAGGAGUGGCUAUUGAUGCCAGAGUGGGCACAAAGGGUCUCUCUUAAUGAAGGCACGUUAUGAACUCAGAUCUGUUUGUUGUUACUGAGGCUGGAAUUUCAGCUCAGCUCGAAGCCAUGUGUAUAAAGCACAGAAAAAUCAGUAGCAGACCUACUGAUAAACUCCACAUUUUUCUCCUAGAAACAGUGUUUCUGGUCUCCAAAUCAUCGAGGUAAUAAAACACAAUGUUGAAUGUCCAGGAACAGGAACAAAGCAAUAAAUAGGGUGGUGAGGGAAACCUAGCGCCUGCAACUCGCAAGAUCAUUUGAAUUUGUUUCUGAAACUUCGUAAUCAUGCUAUCAGAGCAAAGAAAACUUUUUCCAAAUUCGGCAGAAGGGAAUAAUUUUCAGCUGCGAUCCAGGACAGUACGAAGUUAGGCAGACUCCCCCCUCUGCCCUCCCAAAGCACACCCUGUGAAAGGUAUUCACAAGUCAAGAAGUUACUUUUCUUAAGAAUUAAUUAGUUUCCCCACUAUAUACAUGAAGUUAAUUGUUAAACAGUAGUUUUAGGAUUAACCUGACCAUUAAUACUAAUAAAGAUGUUCAUAGAAACAGGAUUUUGAAGCCAAUAGUCACAGCUAGCGUUAAGGCAUUUAAGCUGACUUAUGGUGGUGAUUUAUUGCUUUUGUAGUUUCUAUUUGCUCAGGACUGUAACUUCUAAAGCCAUCUUUCUACUUUUGACGCAAAGCAGUCGAUAACUUUUUACAACAGCCCCAAGACAGGCUUGCUUUACUUUCUUCAACAUCUGCUCCAAUCCCCAGUAAUUUCAGUUUCAUUGUUGCAGAAUAACUUCUCUGUAUGUUUCUUCUAUGGGAUGUAAAUGCACCAUAUUUAAAAGAACCGUGAAUCCAUCUCGAGCAAAUAUAGGCCUUGGUUUAUGUUAAGUAUGAGAGCUAUGGAGUUACCACGCGUUCUGAUAGUCACAGACUCGGGCAUGUCGAGUGUACCUAAUGCUUUCUCUUUUUCAAAGGUCUAUAGUUUUUAUUCCAGUUCUUAGUGAGGGAUAAUAGAUGUAUACGCUGAUACUAGCUUAAUCACUUCCAUAUGAAAAAUUGCAAAUUUUUCUCCUAUUGUAAUUUCAUGCUGACUUUGCUGCAGUAACCACUACUAUACACUGUUACAAAUGGGUUUAUGUUCCAGUGGCCCACUUUUACAAUCCAGGGAAGCGUAUAUAAGGCUUGGUUAUAUCUCUAAAAAUCACGUUUAAAAAGAAAACUCCUUCCAUUCUGUUCAAUGAUAUGCAGGUGAACCACUUAGAGGGAAUAUGUAGUUAACUUCUUUGAACUUAUGGGAGAUGGUGGAAAGAUUUAGGUUAGAGUGUAUGCAUCAUGAUGCACAAUGCUGGAGUCACAAAACUGGACCAGGAGCACGUUAAAAGAAUGAACUGCCUGUUUUGCUUUGAUUCCUUCUAGAAAAGUUAUGUGAGUGGAGGGUUUCUUUUGUUUGUUUAGCUUAUUGUGUCAAUAGAACAAAUUAAACAGUCUAACAGGGAAGAUGUGAUGUGUUCACACACAGGCAAAGCUGCCUGGCUCAGGGGCUGCAUACAACUUCGCUCUUCUCUUUUUUUCUUAAUUUUUUUCCCCUUAGGCAAAGAGCUCCCCCUCCUCAAUUUUUUUUCAUCAUUAGCAACCUAUAAUUUUGUGCAUCACUCAAACUAGCUAUAUAGGAAAUGCGUAAGCACAGGUUUAACAGCAAGGUCCCAAAAGAUUUUGCAAAAUUCAGAGGCACGCCGGUGAAGGAAGGUGUAUUCUUCAUAGGGUGUUACGAGGACAAAAAUCAACUAGCUUCUUAGAAGAGACGGUCUUUUGCCUUUGUCAGGUAAUUAAAGGUCUUUUUAGUUUCUACAGGAGCCCUGAUGUAGCGAGUGGGAGUUGAGCAAGCCCUGUACAAUAGCAGCUGGGGGUGGGGGGAAGGCUGGUAAUCGUCCCGUUUAGAAGAGGGCUGGAAAUAAUAGCAUUAAGAUUUGGGUUUUCUUCGGGAGUUGCGGAGGAUAUGCGACGUGGAGCAGAGUGGCGGGCCUGGGGAGCAAAUGCCGGUUAAUUAGGCUAAGUAUCAAAGUGCAGCGUAAUCCCAUAUUAUAAGAAGAAUUCCGCUUACCUUCCAAUGGGCUUUGUGUAAAGAAAUAUUGGUGUGGGAGGAAAGAGAAUCAAACCAAUCUCCCCCCCUCCCCCAGUCAUCUGCAUCUCUUAGAUUUUUUUUUCUCCUCCCUUAAAACUCUUCUUUAACAUAUUGGGUUAAGGCUUUAAAAAGCGAAGGCUCACUCUAAGAAAGCCAGUUCCUUCAAUGAUUCCCUAUUUCAAAUAAAAGGAUUUAAGUUGACGUAUGACCACGUGAGCACAUAAUACAGCGCAUUAUUGUGGCAUUUGGAGUGGAGACCCGGUCUGGCUCCGUCUGCGAUUACGCUUUUCCAGUUUCUGUUCAGAGCAAGCACUGCUUUCUAUUAUUCUUUUUUUCUCCUGCCCCCAUCACCGUCCCCGCAAGAGCUGGCCAUUUCGCUGACAGCUUUCGUUCCUUAUGGAAAGGUUAUUGUCGAGCCGAGUGGACGAAAUGCUUCGUUAGAAAGGAUGGAUUUUAUUUUAAGGUCUGCCUGGAGAGGCCAUUGGAGGAAGAACGCCACGUGACAGAGGGGUGCCAAUGUUAUUCUCCAAGGGUGUCAAGACCCUGUCAGUUUGUGAAAUAAAUAUUGGGAAACAACGAAAUGCAAAAAGCGACCUACUACGACAGCUCUGCAAUCUAUGGUGCCUACCCCUACCAAGGAGCAAAUGGUUUCACUUAUAAUGCGAGUCAGCAGCAAUAUCCUCCAUCUUCAUCACUUGUGGAAACUGAGUACCACCGCCCUGCGUGCUCCCUCCAGUCCCCUGGCAGCUCUGUGUCCCACCACAAGGCCAAUGACAUCAGUGAGAGUUGCAUGAGGACCCUCCCCAGCCAGCCUCUCCAGCCUCCUGGCCUCGCUGACCCACAGGCUCCACCGCAGCCACCUCCAGCCCAGCAGGCACAACCUCCACCUCCAUCCUCCACUUCACCAUCUCAAAAUGCCAGCAGCAACCCUGCCCCAGCCAACCCCACCAAGAGCCCAGCUCUUAACUCACCCACCGUGUCCAAACAGAUAUUCCCGUGGAUGAAAGAGUCUCGGCAAAACACAAAGCAAAAAACCAGCAGUUCCAGUUCAGGUGAGAGUUGUGCUGGUGAUAAAAGCCCUCCGGGGCAAGCCUCCUCUAAGCGAGCCCGUACAGCUUACACAAGUGCCCAGCUGGUAGAACUGGAAAAGGAGUUCCACUUCAAUAGGUACCUUUGCAGGCCACGAAGGGUAGAAAUGGCUAAUUUGCUCAAUCUCACGGAAAGACAGAUCAAAAUCUGGUUUCAAAACCGCAGAAUGAAAUACAAAAAGGAUCAAAAGGGCAAGGGCAUGAUGACCUCUUCAGGAGGACAGUCCCCAAGCAGAAGCCCUGUCCCUCCAGCUGCUGGGGGAUAUCUAAACUCUAUGCAUUCUUUAGUAAACAGCGUCCCCUACGAGCCCCAGUCACCUCCACCAUUUAACAAGCCUCAUCAAAACACCUAUGGCAUCCCUGCAUCGUAUACCACUCCUCUUAAUAAUUGCCCACCUCCUCAAAAGAGAUACACGGGAACGGCAGCUGUGACACCUGAAUACGAUACUCAUCCUCUUCAAGGCAACGGUUAUGGGAAUCCACAUAUACAGGGAAGCCCCGUCUAUGUAGGGGGCAACUACGUGGAGACCAUGACCAAUUCUGGGCCUUCCAUCUUUGGUCUAACUCAUCUCCCUCAUCCUCCCUCUGCCAACAUGGACUACAGCGGGGCUGGGCCAAUGGGCAACAAUCACCACCAUGGACCUUGUGAUCCACAUCCAACAUACACAGACCUUACUGCUCACCAUCCUUCUCAGGGAAGAAUUCAGGAAGCGCCCAAACUCACCCAUCUGUAAGAGACAGGAGUCACUAAGUGGAACACCAAGCCCCCAAGUUUUGGAAAGUACUCAUCCCUUCCCUUCUCUUUCUCCUCCCCCCAUCAUGUGCCCUUCCCUCCCCUUCCUGUUUCUUUUGUUCAUUUUGGUUUGGUUUGUUUCCUUUCGUAAAAGCGUUUUCUAGUUUAUGUGACGUAGCAAUAUUUGUUGCUUGAAUUGCUCUAUAGUUUCACUAGUGGAUAUUUAUCUUCUUGAACUGUAGCCUUGUGUCUCACUUUGGGAGUAUGCAGAGGCUUUAUACUUUACCUUCUACACUUUUAUCAAAACAGGGUAUAUGAACAAAUUUUCUAUAAAAGGAAUUCUUAAAUGUGAAUUUGUUCGUACAUGAUUGAUCCCACGGGGAAGCAAUUUUUUUUAUUGCACUUCUUUUAAAUAGCAAGAAAGACAUCACAAGCGCUUGGACAGGGCCUCCCUGGACAAUUAUUGAUACGUGUAAGUCUUUCAAUGUGUGUAUGCUGGUGAACAUUCAGAUUUAUUUAUAUUUUUUUUUGCAAACAUUGAAUAAUCUAAGUGUUUAAAAUUUUAUUUAUCCCUAUUUGUUCAUAUUUAUAUAUAUAUAAAAAAAUCUGUACCCUGAAUAUUCAGGCGGUAUUUACCUGGCCAUAUGUUAGAUGGCAUAUCGGCACGUGUUGGAAAUAUCAUUUGAAAGGAAACUAGUAGCUCCUUUUAUUAAAAAUGGUGAUAACGAUGAUGAUGAUGAUGAUGCAAUAAAAUCUGGGAAAAAAGAUCACGGUUUGAAUACUUUAUGCUUGUAACAUCCAGCUAGGUGAAAAGCGUGUGAAGCUGAAAAGGCUAGAUUUGUUUUGAAAGUUAUACAUUCCUUGCUGCUCACGUUCUGGAAAAAAAAAAUAAAGUUUUUAUUCUGAAUAAGAAAGAGUUAAGAACAUGUUCUUCACAGCUCAGGGGAAGGGAGAACCCUUCAUGACGUGGGGAGAUAGGAAACUCGCCUGUAAACUCACACGAGGAUCUCAUCGCCCACCCGAAGGGCCCCGCGACUCCUUUACAGCAUUUCUUAGGCAUGGAGAGAGAGUUUUCUUUUCCUCUCCCUUUUCCCUCUGUGUUUCUCUCUUUUUUUUCCUUUCCUUCAGCGGUGCUUCAGGGCCCGUGGCUGCUGCCUCCUCCCGCACCCGCUGCGCGGUGCCCGCCCGGCGCGGAGGGCAGGCGGGCGCGGAUCGCCCCCUCCCCGCGGGGUCUGAGGGGGGACCGGCGGCGGAGCAGCGCGAGGAGGCCAGCGGGGGUGUGUGCGUGUAUGUGUGUACAAGGGUGUGUGUGAAGCACAUGGGAGCAGAGCUCAGGAUAAAGCUCUGCGUGGGCACUGGCGCGGAGGGGUCGCCUUGUCCCUGGGCUGGCCCGCUGUGGAAAGAGGGGAGCCGGGAGCAGGGGCUCCGGAGCCCCGCCAGCACUGGGGAGCAGUGGUGGUAGAGAAGGGUCCGGCCGAACCGCGAAUGCGGCUGGGGCGUGGAUGUGUGCUCUGCUACUCCUUCCACCCGCCAUCCCCGCCGUCGUUUUUUCCUUUUCCUUUAGGAAGUGGAUUUUUCCUUUUACCUUUUUUUUUUUUUUUUUUUAAAAUAAUUAGUAUUUUUAUUAUUUUAUUUGGAGCUUGUUUCAUUCUUGCUGAGCCGUCUUUCCUCCCACCGUAGCCUGAAGCUGUGGGGGAGGGGAGCCUUGUGUUCCCUUUCUUCCCUCGUGGGGGUGUGGAUGUGUGUGCCUGUGUGUUUUUAUCGCAGGAGGGGGACACGGUACUGUAGAAGGGCGACUGUCCCGGCCCCAAACGGGCACCCGUAGGGGUCUCCGGUCCGAAUCAGCUCGAGGUAGAAGGGAGAAACCCACAAGCUUGUGUUUAAAUCCCAUUUUUCUUCCUUUCAGGCGAAAUGUCCAUAAUUUUCAGAUUGAAACUUGAAAGAUAAAUCAAAACGGACCUUAAUAUACUAGGUAAAAUACACCCCUGAAUGUUUAUAAAGACAUAUUCCUAUGCUAUGUAGAUAAUAAUGCACGCUGUUCACCAUCUGUAUCUCUUAGAGCACAGAAAAAAAAUGUCGCCAUUUUGGUCUCAUACUGAAAUAUUAUUAAUCUUUGGGCUUUAUCUUGUUCCCAGAACCAUCCUUGCCUGAUGCUGAAACAUUGUCAUGCAUCCGUGAAUCUAUACAGAGCUUUUCUGCAUAAAUAGAUAAAGCGUGCUCAGUCAAAGAAAAGAACAGCAAAUAGAUUUAUACCGUGCUGUUUAUUGUAUAUGUAGACAUGUAACCGUGGAAAGAAAGGCUAUGUAGGGUGAUAUUUUUCAUUGAAAACUGAUUACUACCCAAUACAGACCAAAGACUGAUUAUUAUUUUUGUAGGCGAAGGAAGCAUUUUUGCCACAUUGCAAGACAUUGCUCGUUUCAAAGGAGCGCCCGUAUAAAAUUCAAGCCGCCCCCCCACCUCUCAGAUCAGUUAGGUUAGAUACAACAAAAGGUAACGGUACACUCACGAUACUUACUGCGUGGUUCCUUUAGCACCACGAGUUACAUUAAGGAAAAUGCUCAAAAAGAAGGAAUUUGGCGUUUUACUCCCCUCCCACUCGAAGAAAGAAAAAUACAGGCGAUUUUGUCCCCUUCUUUCCAUAAACAGUAUUAAAUCCCUUCUUCGGACCCUGUAGGUUGCACAUAAGAAUUUGUAAUUUCGCUUUUAAGAUUCGCCCGAUUAAAAGAUCCCCCUGGAGGCAGCAGUAAUUGAUUUCCCCAAGAAUUUUGCGUCCUCUCGCCAAAGGUUUUGUUCCAGGUGGUUUUUGUAUUAGACUAACCACAAGAAACAAAUGUGCAGAAUAGAGACACCCACACAGGUUUUACUCACAAAGCCUGGUUAAAGUCCAAACCUCUUUCUUUAUUAUUUGUCAUCCUGCUGUUAAUCCCAAUAUUUUCCAGAGGGGAAAAAAAUUAAAGAAAAGAAAAAGAAAAACCCGACCCCAGCGUAGGCACCAAGAAGCAAAAUAAAAUUGGACUUUCCCCAGCAGCUCAGUCCUCUGCCAGCAUAUUUUAAAAGCAGCUUUUUGUCUUGUUUACUUGCGUUUCUUGCUCUGCCUCUUUUCUCGGCCACAUUUGAUCUUGGAAAGACCAAGAAGCUUUAAAUGUGUUCUUAAGGGCCAGUAAGCUGUCAAACCUUUUGGCGGCCAAGAUUGAUCGCGCACAGACACCACCAGAGCUUUGUUUGGACUAAAAGCAAGAAAAUUAAACCCCUUGCAUUUUCCAACAGCAUCGAUAUUUGUAAGUCAUCCCUUUUGAGGGAUUAAAUGACAAGUCUCGUUCUAUAUUUUAUUUAAACAAGCAACCACCAAAAAGCCCAUUUAAAGCCUCCCGGCCCCUCCCCUCCCCCUCUCUCCAAUGCCUUCGGAGAUAUGCUACAUCUUGUGGGUGCAUUAACUUAAAACCUAUUUUUUAAAUGCACUUCGUGCAGACUGGACGCAGACCGAACCGCUGAGUGCUCGGGGUCUUGUUUUCUCUUUCCUCCCCCCCCCGCCUUUUUUUUUUUUUUUUUUCCUCAGUAAUUACGAAGACGGUUGCCGACCCGUUUGGCAACUCCGAAAAUAAAGCGAGACGGCACCUCAUCGCGCUGGCUAUCGUUCCUGGCUCCUGGAGGACGCGGAGAGCGACUCGGAAGCGACUUCCCCUCGGCCCCCGGCGCACCCUACCCUGCUGGGCACUCUGGGCUCCGCGGGAAAGCAAGUCCCGUCCAGGCUGCCCAGGGCGGCUGUGACCAUAGGAUUCAGCGGGUUGGUGACUGUGGCCAUCAUUGUCAUCGCUCUUCCUCUCACUUCGGUCUGGUUGGAAAACUGUGCCCAAAGCAUCCAAAUUCGGGACUUGCCUCGACCUGGCAGGGGCGACUGGAGACGGCGGCGGCGAGAGCCAAGCGUCGGAAGCGAGUGCCGUGUCUCAAGUCAUAACCCCGCAGCGUUUUCGCCCUGCCUGGCCCCGUGAAAACAAACCCGCUACCAGCCCAUAUAUUUCCUGGUAAUCGAAAAUACUCACCAGACCCAGCCUACUACGGUUAUUAAGCAAAUUAUGCCAGCAGCCGGGAGUAUCGUUUGCAAGCUAAGGCACGGGAUACAUAUUUUUUUUUAAGAGGCAACAGCCAGACACGUUUGCAGCCUCGCCAUUUGGCUCACCCAGAGAGGUUCUCCUAGAGUUAUGUUUUACGGUCCAAUCCCGGGAAGCCAACUGGAGAAGGGAAGUCAUGAAGCACCGGGGCUUCUGCCUAUAUGACUCUUCCCCUAGAAGCAAGGUUGCUGAGGAAGAUCCUGAUAAACACUGGCUCAGCACCGGCGAGGAGUUGUUCUCCGUACUGUACCCCCGUUAGCCACCAAAAAAGAAAAAAAAAUAAAAAAAGAAGGAAAAAAGGAGGGAAAAAAAAAGAAAGGGAAAAAAAUCAAGAAAACAAAAAGAAAAUAAAAAAGGAAAAAAGAAAAGAAAUAAAAAGGAGCCCAUCGAGGCUGAGUAGGGAAGGAGAACUGGAAGGAGAAACUAGUUUUGGAGGAAGUGCUAUUCCUAGGAAAAAAUCAGGACCCUCUGCUUCCCACUCCUGCCUGGAUGUAACUUCUUAUGCGGGGGCCUGACGGUGUCAAAACUUUAAAGAUUAAUGGAUUACUUUGUUAAUGACUCAAGGCGUCAGAUUGAGGUGCUUAAAUGAUUUGUGAGGUGCAAAGCGUUUUCCUGACAGUCCCAAACAAUGAGAGAAGAGUGUGCGGGUGGAUGCGAGGGAGGCUGCAGGACAAGCAGCCACACACACACACACACACUCGCGCGCACACACACACUCACAGCCUCUCACACAAAUAUAUCCACGCACAUGCACCCUCCCCCUACCCCCGAUCACUUCAGAUUAGGACGCCAAGGGGAUAGAUACUCGACAUAUCAUUUCCCUCUUUAAAAAAAGUGUAAAUAAAGCCUUUCUGGCCCCCAAUGAGGCGUUCCUUCCCGACUUUUUUGGAUCAAUCAAACAGACAGUGGCUUCUUUUGAUUAAAGCCCAAAUUGUCAUUGGGCAGAGGCAAUCAUGUGACAGCCAAUUCGGUCCAAUUUCAACCUUGUCUCCAUGAAUUCAAUAGUUUAAUAGUAGCACGGUCCCCAUACGGCUGUAAUCAGUGAAUUAGAAAAAAAACACCCCACUAGCGAUCUUCUAUGCUAUAUUUUUUUCUCCUCUCUCUCCUUUUUCUUGGGCCUUCCCCCCCCGAGCCCCCUGAAUCCGAGGGAACUUUUUCUCCGCGGGGGCUGCCAGU